UUUAUUCUCUCUUCGGUUGCUGGAACUUUUGGACCUCUUUCUCAGGGAGGCAAUGAAGAUGGUUGAAAGUGAGACGUCUAUGAAGGCAAGGUCUCCACCAUCAUCCUGUCAUGAGAUUAAUGAUCAUCAACUUCUACCUCCACAACCUUGUAAUAACAAUUUCACAGAAAUAAACUUGAAAGCACCGCUGGUUCGGCCUUAUGUUCGGUCCAAAAUGCCUCGGCUUCGAUGGACACCUGAUCUUCAUCGCUGCUUUGUGCAUGCUGUUGAACGCCUUGGAGGAGAAGACAGAGCUACACCAAAGAUGGUUUUGCAGAUAAUGAAUGUGAAGGGCCUAACAAUAUCUCAUGUGAAAAGCCAUCUUCAGAUGUACAGAAGCAUAAAGCAUGAGCAACUGAUUCAAGAAGCAGUUAUGGCAGCCAAAAAGAACGAUAAGGAGGUCUUCCAACAAUCCAACUACUACUACGCCCCAAAUUUGAAUCCAAUCAUGAUCAAUUCUCAACAGAACUAUGCCCAAAACAAUGACAACAUUGGAACAUUAGCGAACCAAAAAGUUUCCCAUCAAAGCUAUGGGGCUCCUUACAUCGAGGAGCUUAAUCUAAUGAAGAAUACUGCCAGCAAUAUUUUUCCAAAUCAGUGGAAAGAGAAGCAAGAAAUAAGGAAUGGGAAUAAAGUGGGAGAGGCAUUACCAUAUGAGGUAACAAUAUCAAACAAAAUAUGGGAGAAGAAACCGAAUUCGUACUUGAUCUUCAAAGAUCUACUCAAAAGAUGCACUACCCAACAAGAGAAGAGCAAUCAACAAGGAAAAGGGUCACGAGCCAAUGCUAGCAGUUGCGAGAGCAAUCAUCAAAGAUUGAAAGAUUUAGGAGCAGCAAGUGAUGGCACAUUGUCUCUUUCACUCAGCUUAAACACUUCCUACCCAAUGCCAUUGAUGCAGCUUAGUAAAGCUGGGAAUACUUCAGAUGCCAAUGAUAUCUCUCUUAACCUAACUCUUGCUUAAAAAUCUUAUUCUCUGUAUAAUCAUAUAAUAUAUAUAUAUUUAUAAUGUCUAAACUCCGUGGAACUCGUAGUUAAAGGUCUAUAUAUAUAUCUUUAUAUAUAAUCACAUUUCUUUAA